CAAUCGGCGCAAAUAAAUACCCACGGUCAGCCCACAAACUAGACUCUGCUCGCAUAUUUACAGCUAUUGUAAAACUCUCCAAAUUUCUGCAUUUUCUUUUCAUUUCGACGAACCCUAGCAAUUCCCCCAAUUUCCUGAAACACCCAACCAUGACUGAAAAAGAAAAAGACGGAUCACAAUCUGGUUCACCGAUGAUUCCGUUUUCAUCCAAAAUUUCCAGUCAGAUACGAUUUUUGCUUCAAAGCGUGAACGAUUCCAACUACGAUUCAGUUUUCCAAGAACUAUGCAAGUACACAAUGCAUGGAGUUGAGGGAAGCAUGUUACUGCUCAGAACCUGUUUGGAUCAUGCCAAUUCUUUUGGAAAGGAUUUGAAGACUACGAAGCUGCAUCCCUUAUAUGCUUCAAUAUUCAAACAUAUCUUGGAUAAACCUAAUUUUAGUACACUGUUAACUGAGUCACUGAGGACUGUCGCGAUAAAUGAAGAUUUUCUGCAGAAUUUGUCUGGUGCAUUACACUUGUCAGUGUCUGAGAAAAUUGGAAUCGGUCUUGCUUUGUCUGAUUCAGAAAACCAUGAUGUUAGAAUGUGUGGAAAGAAUUUCUGCAUGGGUCAGAUAGCAGAGUUGUGUGCCAAUCCUGUGGCAUUGAAGUCCACUGAGCUAAUUCAGCAUAUUCUCAUGUUUCUUAGUCAAUCUGAGGGCCUCUUCAAGCAUGUAGAUUCCUUCAUGCAAAUGUUAUCUCUAGUGCAGUUGAAGGAUGGCUCCCAAUUUAUCUUAGCACCUAUUCUUCCUGAUGAAAUACGCGAAGACAACUUUUUCAGGCAAUUAGAUUUAUUCCAUGAGGGUGGUGAAGAUGAUUUUGAUGCCAUUCUGGCAGAGAUGGAGAAAGAGAUUAGCAUGGCUGACGUGAUGAGUGAAUUAGGUUAUGGUUGCACUGUCAAUGUCUCUCAAUGCAAGGAAAUGCUGUCUCUUUUCUUACCGCUUUCUGAUGCCUCAACUGCAAAGAUACUUGGUACAAUUGCCAGAACUUAUGCGGGUCUUGAUGACAGCCAAAAUGUGUUUGCUACAUUCCGCUCUGCUCUUGGUAUCAGUAAUGGUGUUGAGCUACCAUCUUUGAACGGUUGGAAUGUUGAUGUCCUUGUGGAAUCAAUCAAGCAGCUUGCUCCGGGAAUUAACUGGAUAAAUGUCAUGGAGAAGCUGGAUCACGAGGGCUUUUAUAUCCCCAAUGAGGCAGCAUUUUCCUUCUUUAUGUCUGUUUAUAGACAUGCAUGCAAGGAUCCAUUUCCUCUUCAUGCUAUUUGUGGCUUUGUUUGGAAGAAUAUCGAGGGUCAACUCUCGUUUCUGAAGUAUGCAGUCUCCGUGCCACCUGAAAUAUUUACAUUUGCUCAUUCUGAUAAGCAACUGUCCUAUGACGAUGUUGUUACUGGACAUGCAUUUCAACCUUUGCAAGUAAAUCAUGCCUGGUUUUGUCAUGACCUACUGGAGGUGCUGUGUCAACUAUCUGAGAGGGGUCAUGCAAGUCUUGUGCGAUGUAUCCUUGAAAAACCUAUUAACCAAUGCCCUGAAGUAUUGCUUCUUGGCAUGGCUCAUGUGAAGACUGCGUAUAAUCUCAUCCAAAAUGAAGUGGCUUCUGCUGUUCUUCCCAUGACGCUAAAAAAGGCUUCUGGGAACAGUUUAAUAUUUAGUCUGUGGCAUGUUAACCCAAGCAUGUUGUUACGAGGACUUGUAGAUGCGAUGAACCUUGAUCCAGACAACAUUGCUAGGAUUUUGGAAGCUUGUCAGGAAUUAAAGAUUUUAUCUCCAGUACUGGAUACGAUCCCUUUCUACUUUGGCAUUCGCUUAGCUGUACUUGCUUCUAAGAAUGAAAUCCUGGACCUAGAGAAUUGGUUGAGUACUCAUUUAGUGACAAAUAAAGAUGCUUUCUGUGAGGAAUGCCUUAAGUUUCUGAAGGAUGUUCGUGUUGGAUCUGAGAAUGUUUCUGCUAAUGGCUUUCACCCCACUGGUGCUCUUUUGAGUACUUAUUUGGAAGCUUGUCCCACUGUUUCGAAGGUCCUUCAGUCUCAUGCUGGCGUGGUUUCUUCCAGUCCCUUGUCUGAAGAAAUGGAAAAAAUAGAUGUUUCUCAUAUGCAUGCCAAUUCAAGGAUUAGAAACGGCGGUGGUUCUGAGUCAACUCCUGAUAGUUAUGCUGACGACAUUGAGACAGAAGCAAACUCAUAUUUCCAUCAAAUGUUUUCUGGUCAGCUGGCAAUUGAUUCUAUGAUAGAGAUGCUUAACCGCUUCAAAGAAUCUUCCGAAAAGAGGGAACAAUCGAUUUUCGAGUGCAUGAUUGCUAAUCUAUUUGAGGAAUACAAGUUUUUCUCCAAGUACCCUGAAAGGCAGCUCAUGAUUGCCGCAGUUCUGUUUGGAUCACUCAUCAAGCAUCAACUUGUGACUCAUCUCACACUUGGUAUUGCUUUACGAGCUGUUUUAGACGCUUUGAGGAAACCUGCUGAAUCAAAAAUGUUCUCCUUUGGGACUAAGGCAUUGGAGCAGUUUAUGGACCGCCUCAUAGAGUGGCCGCAGUACUGCAAUCAUAUAUUACAAAUAUCUCAUAUGCGUGGUACACAUUCGGAACUCAUUGCAUUUAUUGAGGUGACGCUUAACAGGAUUUCAGGGACUCAUGCUGAGCCAGAUGUGUUCCAUAGUGUCACGUCUGAUCACCAUCAGGGUCUCAUCCAAUCUACUGCUACGAAUGUGGAGAUUGCGGGCUCGUCAUUUCCUCUGAUUGGACCUGGUAGCUCGCAGGCUGGGCUGCAAGUCUCAUCUCCUAUUCAACUUUCUCAAAGACCAAUGAGUUCUCUAGAUGAGAGGAAAACUUCUGUAACCGUGUCUAAUUACUUAAAGCCAGCGCAUUCCACUUCUGGACAGCCUGCUAUGGGUCCUUCAAGUGAUACGGGAAGCAUUCAGAAGUCACACAGUGGAGUUGGUGUUCCAUCAAUACACUCUGCCUCUCCUGGUUUUCCCCGUUCGUCUCGAGCUUCAUCAGCAAGGUUUGGCUCUGCUUUAAACAUUGAAACACUUGUUGCUGCAGCUGAAAGAAGAGAAACUCCCAUAGAGGCUCCUGCAUCAGAAAUCCAGGAUAAGAUUUCUUUUAUUAUUAAUAACUUGUCCGCUGCAAAUGUUGAGGCUAAAGCUAAAGAAUUUACUGAAUUUCUGAGUGAGCAAUAUUACCCCUGGUUUGCUCAGUAUAUGGUUAUGAAAAGGGCUAGCAUCGAGACAAAUUUUCAUGAUUUAUAUUUGAAGUUCCUUGAUAAAGUAAAUUUGAAGCCUUUGAACAAAGAAAUUGUUCAAGCCACAUAUGAGAACUGCAAGGUUCUCUUGGGGUCGGAACUUAUAAAGUCCAGCGUGGAAGAAAGAUCUUUGCUAAAAAAUCUAGGAAGCUGGCUGGGGAAGAUUACAAUUGGCAGAAAUCAAGUUUUAAGGGCACGGGAGAUAGAUCCCAAGUCUCUGAUUAUAGAGGCAUAUAAUAAGGGACUCAUGAUAGCUGUUAUUCCUUUUACCUCUAAGAUUCUGGAACCAUGUUCCAACAGUCUUGUAUAUCAACCUCCUAACCCAUGGACCAUGGGUAUUCUUGGAUUGCUUGCUGAGAUUUAUGCAAUGCCAAAUUUGAAAAUGAACCUGAAAUUUGAGAUUGAGGUCCUGUUCAAGAACCUUCUUGUUGAGCUUAAGGAAGUAAAACCAACUUCUCUUCUGAAGGAUAGGGUCCGAGAAGUUGAAGGUAAUCCUGAUUUCUCGACUAAAGAUGUUGUAUCUUCGCAGCCACCAACAAUAAAUGAGGUCAAGCCUGGAAUAAUGUCCACACUAAACCAAUUAGAGGCACCCCUUGAUGUUGCUGCUCCCUCCCAUCUUGGUGGCCAUUCACGAAUAACGUCACAGUAUGGCACGCCUCUUCAUCAUUCAUCUGGAACGUUGACAGAGGAUGAUAAGUUGGUGAGCUUGGGAUUUUCUGACCAGCUUCCAUCGGCUCAAAGUCUUCUACAAGGACAGACACAAUUUCCAGUUAAUCAGCUUCCUGUGCCAGCAUCUAAUAUUGAACAACAAGUUGUUGUUAAUCCAAAGCUUCAGGCUUUUGGGCUAUACUUGCAUUUCCAGAGUGUGCUUCCAAUUGCUAUGGAAAGAGCUGUUAAAGAGGUAGUGCCCAGUAUUGUGCAACGGAGUGUUUCUAUUGCAACUCAGACAACUAAGGAAAUUGUUCUGAAGGAUUAUGCCAUGGAAUCAGAUGAGACCAUUAUUCGUAAUUGUGGACAUUUGAUGGUUGCGAGGCUGGCCGGGAGUCUAGCUCAUGUUACCUGCAAGGAACCUUUGCGUGCUGCAAUAACGGUUCAGCUUAGGAACUCACUUCAGGGCUUAAGCAUGACAAGUGAAUAUCUUGAACAAGCAGUUCAAAUUGCGACUAAUGACAAUCUGGAUCUUGGCUGUGUCUUGAUUGAACAAGCUGCAACUGAGAAGGGAAUUCAAAUCAUUGAUGGAGAAGUUGCACAGCAACUCUCUACCAGGAGAAAACAUAGAGAGAGUGUUGGUUCUGCAUUUUUUGAUGCCAACUUGCAUGCACUUGGUCAAGCAGGUGUGAUGAUGCCAGAGGCCCUUCGUCCCAAACCUGGGCACCUGACACAUUUACAGCAGCGAGUUUAUGAGGAUUUUGCCCGGUUUCCUGGGCAGAAUCGCUCUGUUCCUAGCUCAACCACUGUGCCCGUCGGCCCUUCUGCUUCUUCUGGCACUGGUGGAUUGUCACGGCAAUUUGCAUCUGCAUCUGCAUCUGGCCAAAUAAGCACAAACACUUACUCAUCUGGCCUUGUAAAUACUGGACUCGGUGCUGUUCCGCAGACGCUGGAAAUUAGUUCUGACGAGAUAGAUUCUGUUGGAGCCCAGAAUCCUACCAGGUCUCCUAGUCUUUCAUCAACCCACACUGCGAUUGGUGAUGGUCCAGAAAGUCUUGAAAGUGAUAAUGUUGCUUCAUUUCCUCCUGCUUCGACUCCUGAUCUGCAACUAACGGAACCUUCUAGUUCUAUCAAAGAAUCUGGAACUGUUGCACAGUCUAUUAAUACAGCUUUGGCUUCUGAGCGUGCUACAAGUAAUGUAUUGGACCCUUCAAUAACCACAGGCGAUGCACUGGAUAAAUACCAGACUAUUUCAGAGAAGCUUGAAAAUCUGUUGGCUAGUGAUGCUAAGGAGGCUGAAAUUCAGGGAGUUAUUGCUGAGGUUCCUGCAGUCAUCCUCAGGUGCAUUAGCCGAGAUGAGGCUGCCUUGGCUGUGGCUCAGAAGGCAUUUAGGGGUUUAUAUGAAAAUGCAUCAAACAAUGCUCAUGUUGAUGCUCACCUUGCAAUCCUGGCUGCCAUUCGUGAUGUCAGCAAGCUUGUAGUUAAGGAGCUCACCAGUUGGGUGAUAUACUCUGAAGAGGAUAGGAAGUUCCAUAAAGAUAUUACUGUUGGUCUUAUCUGCAGUGAACUAUUAAACCUUGCUGAAUAUAAUGUUCAUAUGGCGAAACUUCUUGAUGCAGGAAGAAAUAAGGCUGCAACAGAAUUUGCCAUUUCUCUUAUCCAAACCCUGGUUAUGAAUGACUCUAAAGUUAUUUCAGAACUACACAAUCUUGUCGAUGCUCUGGCAAAGCUCGCUGCAAGACCUGGAUCUCCUGAAUCAUUACAACAGCUAGUUGAAUUUGCUAAGAACCCUGGCAGUGUUGCCGUACCAUCUCCUGUGGGUGUUGGGAAGGAGGACAAUACAAGAAUCUCUAGGGACAAAAAGUUUGUGCAGGAACAGACUAUUGGGCUUUCUGGAACUAGGGAGGACUAUAGUAGCACAGAAUUGGUGGAUUCAGACCCUGCUGGUUUUCCUGGACAGGUGUCUUCGUUGUUUAGUGACUGGUUCAAAAUAUGUGAAUUUCCUGGAAAUAAUGACGUGGCUUGUGCUCGUUAUGUUCAACACUUACACCAGAGAGGCAUGCUUAAAGGAGAUGAAAUCUCGGACCGGUUCUUCCGCAGGAUCAUGGAACUUGCUGUGUCACACUGUUUAUCUACCGAGGUCAUCAAUUCUAGCUCUUCCCAGCCACAUCAAGGGCAGUCACUUUCGUUUCUUGCUAUUGAUAGCUAUGCAAAGCUAGUUUUCUCUAUUCUGAAGUUUUGCCCUUCAGAUCAGGGGUCCAAUAAACUCUCUCUUCUGCCCAAGGUUCUGAAUGUAACUGUGAGAGUUAUUCAAAAAGAUGCUGAGGAGAAGAGGGCAUCCUUUAAUCCCAGGCCAUAUUUUAGGCUGUUCAUUAAUUGGAUGCUUGAUUUAUGUUCCUUGGAUCCAGUAUUUGAUGGUGCAAAUUAUCAGGUAUUGACUGCUUUGGCAAGUUCCUUCCAUCAUCUCCAGCCUCUCAAGGUUGCAGGGUUCAGCUUUGCAUGGCUUGAGUUGAUUAGUCAUAGAAGUUUCAUGCCAAAGUUACUCACAACAAAUGCACAGAAGGGUUGGCCUUAUUUUCAAAGAUUGCUGGUAGACUUGUUCCAGUUCAUGGAGCCAUUCCUAAGAAAUGCCGAACUUGCCGAGCCGGUUCACAUUCUCUACAAAGGGACACUCAGGGUGUUGUUAGUGCUACUUCAUGAUUUUCCGGAGUUCCUUUGUGAUUAUCAUUUCAGUUUUUGUGAUGUCAUCCCUCCUAGCUGCAUACAGAUGCGAAAUAUAAUCCUUAGUGCAUUUCCUCGCAAUAUGAGGCUACCAGAUCCUUCUACUCCGAAUUUAAAGAUUGAUCUGCUUGCGGAGAUUAGUCAAUCACCAAGAAUCCUUUCCGAGGUUGAUGCAACUCUUAAAGCUAGGCAGAUGAAGAAUGAUACCGAUGAGUAUCUCAAGUCAAAGCAACAAGGAUCCACUUUUCUCACCGAGUUGAAGCAAAAGCUUAUGCUUUCUCCAGCUGAUGCAGCUCGUGCUGGAACUCGUUACAAUGUUCCUCUAAUUAACUCCCUUGUACUUUAUAUUGGGAUGCAGGCUAUUCAACAAGCAAGAUCACCUUCUCAUUCACAAUCAAUGGCUAGUAUGAGUUCAUUCUUGGUGAGUGCUGCGUUGGACAUUUUCCAGUCUUUGAUAAUGGAUCUCGACACAGAGGGCCGCUACCUAUUUCUAAAUGCUGUUGCAAACCAAUUACGAUACCCAAACAACCACACACAUUACUUCUCUUUCAUUCUUCUUUACCUUUUUGCUGAAUCGAAUCAGGAAGUGAUUCAAGAGCAAAUCACUCGAGUACUAUUGGAACGUCUUAUCGUUAAUAGGCCUCAUCCCUGGGGUCUUUUGAUUACUUUUAUUGAACUCAUCAAGUAUCCAAGGUACAACUUCUGGAGUAAGACGUUCACAAGAUGUGCACCUGAGAUUGAGAAGCUAUUCGAGUCGGUUUCGAGGUCUUGUGGGGGUCCAAAACCUGUUGAUGAAAGUGUAGUUUCUGGAGGAAUGCCAGACAAUAUGCACUAGUAAGUUGCCCUUAAAAUUGUGAAUGCUGAUUUUUCACUGUUUUGUAUAUUUAUUGCAUUCUGAAUGUAACUUAUUCGAUAACUUUUUCGCGUUCUGUGUGACGUGAAUACUUGACUAUGUCUGGCUUAAAUAACUUUGUUAAAUUCUU